AUGAGUUCUUCAAACCGUAGAGAGCACAUUAUAUCAUCGGCGACUGAGGAGUUACGACAAUUAUGGCAGCGUUUUGAUGUUGAAGACAAACUCCAGACUAAGAGAGAAUUGGAGGUCAUGUUGAACGAAUUCCCUGAGAGAACGCGACAAGGGUUGGUUUCCAAGUUGCUUGAAGUCCAUAACCCCGAGAGAAAGAUCUCUCAAGUGGUUUCAGGCGUCGGUAAAGUAUUAGCGACUUUUGAUCCUGAUGUUGUACGACGUCUCCGUCAACAAGAGACUGUAUUUGAGAAACUGGCUCUAGCAUUUAUUUCAAUGGAGAAUUAA